GCCGCGGCAGCCGCGCUCCACUGGGGGGCUCCUGCGCCCGGGGCCUUGCGGCGGCGGCUGCUUCCCCCCCCCGCGCCCCUCCAGCGCCUGUCUCAUGCGAGCAGCGGCUCCAGGGGGGCUCCGCUCCCCGCCGCUGGCUCUGCUGGCAGCCGGCUGGUUUGUGCGAGUGCUGCUGCUGCUCCCAGCCCGGGCCUCCCCGGCUGCAGACCCCCCUCGCCUCGGGCAGCAUCCUCCCCAUUGCAAAGACGUCGCUGGGAGGCAGCGUUUGCCCGCCAGCCGCCCGGUGCACGGAGAUCCCCCUCCUCUCGGGGCCGGGCGCGAGGUCUCGGUGGUCCUUGCCGCUGGCUCGCGGUUUCCUUCCCCCGAGGAGUCAGCCCGCGGCCGGGCUCCCCGCCUCCCGAGCGGCGGAUGGUGCCGCCAGAAGGCAGCCCAGGUUGUUACAGAUAAACUGCGGAUUCAAAAAAAGAGAGACUGCUUCGGUAUGACAGCUGUAGAAUUACUGGGACCAGAAUUAAAGGGAACAAAUGAAGACUAUGAUCUGCUUUUGACUUCUGCAGCACCAGAUAUUUACGGGAUCCAUUCACUGUUUGCCUUGAUCCCCUCAUGGACAAAGAAGAUUUUGUUCAAACGAGAGUCUACCAUUAACCAGCAGCUGCUGGAAGAUGUGCCAAGAAUUUCAGUGUCUUCUGGGUAUGGGAUAACUCUUCAGAAAUGUGCAGUGGUGGCUACUCAACAUGGUCUCCAAACCGCAUAUGUAAGACUUCUGAUAAAUAAUACCAACACACCAUCUGCAUCCAAUGUCACAGAUCUCAUUCUGCUGGACAAUAUUACUGGCCUCCAUGUUCAAGGAACCAGUGGUAAUAAGACUACAGAUGGGUUCCAGAUAUAUAAGAGAGGAUUCCUGAAAGUUGGAGAAUACUACUCAAUCCACUACAUUGCAUUUCUUGAUGCAAAAGAAACCUGGGAUGGCAGAGUCUUGACACUGCCUGCUAAACUGACCUUCAACAGUUCAUCACUGAACAAAAUACAGCAUAGUUUGACUGCAUCAUUCACCAUAACAGGAGAGGAAAAGACUAAGGUGCUCAGCUUCAGACUGGGUUUCAAAGUUGCUGAACAUUCCCAGCUGCCAUUAACUUCAACUGGAACUAUUUUGUACAGCCAUGGCAUCCAUGCUUCAGGAUUCUUCGUUGCUUUUGUUAUUUCUCUUGUAUUAACAUGCGUUGCAUUUUUUGCUGUUUACAAAACUAGAAGAUUAAAAUGGAGUUUUCUCAAUAAAAACCAGGAGAUACGAUAUGAUCCUACUCUAGAUCGCAAACUGGAGUAUUCACAGUUGAAUUCAGGAGAUCUGUUUAAUGAAGAUAUCAUUAUGAAUGACCAAAUCAUUGAGAUACUGGCUUUUGAAGACUCAGGGAACAUGCUUCAAGCUUUAGAAGACUUGGAGGUAGCAAACCUGACUCGUGCAGAUGCUGAUCUGGAAGCCUAUCGAAUGCAGAUGUGCAAAGAGGCGAUUGCCAUGUUGAUGAAGAACAUGGUUUUCAGACACAAUGUCUCUCCUAAUGUGGAGAAAAGGAUGGGUUCAAUUUUCAAAAAACAAUUUUUUGCAAUGGAGAAUGAAGUUCAGGAGGAGUAUAGAAGAAAGAUGGUGGCUUUAACUGCCGAAUGUAAUCUAGAGACUAGGAAAGAAAUGGAGGUUCAGCACCAACGAGAGAGAGCUGCAAAUGAUGAGGCUGAAGAAUUAAUUAAGCGACUGAAUGAGAAGGUAAAUCAGUCUGCUAUAGAAUACAGAUGUCUUCUGGAAAAAAUUCACAAACUUGAGCAGAGCCACAUGAAGAGGUUCCUUUUGGUGAGGCAGGAGGAGUACUUUGCGAAAGCUUAUCGACAACUGGCUAUUUUCCAGAGAACAGAGAUCCAUAAUAUCUUUUUUACACAGAUAAAAAAUGCCAUUUUCAAGGGAGAAUUGAAGUUAGAAGCAGCCAAAGCAUUAGUGCAUGAUUACUCUAAAAUACAGGAGGACAUUGAAGAGCUAAUGGAUUUUUUGCAGGCUAAUAAGAAGUAUCAUCUGAGUAAAAGAUUUGCUUUCAGAGAGUACCUAAUAAAUAAUAUACAUUUAUGGGAUUCUCAAGCCUCUUCUCUCUUGAACACAGCAGCAAGCCAGAUAACAAGUCUCAUUAACAAGAUGGAAAGAGCUGGUCAUUUGUCUGAAAAUCAUUUGGGACCACUUCUAGAUCAAGCUCAGGCAGAAGUUCAUUCUGUUAAACAGAAGUUGGAUCAUAAUUUAAAACAGGAAAAGCAAAGGCUUCACCAGAAACUCGUUACUAAGAGAAGACGAGAAAUGUUGCAAAAGCAGAAAGAACAAAGAAAGGAGCAGAUGUCGAUAGGAGACACUUUCAAAACCACUAAAGAGGUUAGCCACUACUUGAACCACUGGCAAAAGCUCCUGACUGAACAUGCUGUUGAAUUUGAAGAGCUUAUUGAAAAGCUUGAUAAUGAUGCCGGUGAAGAAAUAAAAGUGCUUAGAUUUACUUUGACAGAGAAAGCUAUUGAAGAACUUAAACGCAUUCAGUAUGGAGUAAUCACUCAAGAACUUUUAAAACUGAGUGUGCCAAAGCCGUUCCUGCAACAAAUUGUUGAGGAGCAUAAAAAGGAAAUUGCUAUUCAAAUUGAACAGCUUGAAAAAGAAGAACAUGACAAUAAUAUGGCCACUGGGGAAUGGCUUGAGAAUACCAGGCAAAAACUGAGCCAAGAGCUGGAGCAGAGCAUUGCAGAACAAAAAAAACUAAGGAGUUGGGAACAGUUAGUAUUCAUGAGACUUUUAAGUUUGCCCCUGUCGUUAUCUGAAGAGGAAUUGCUUAGAAUGAGGCAAGAGAUCCAUUGCUGCUAUUCUCAGAUGGACAAUAACUUAGCUUUGCCCAAGAUUCGGAGAAGAGCUUUGCUUCAGGUGUAUCAGUCGGCGUGGAGGGAAGCAGAGCUGCUGAAAGUGGAUCAGAACUUAGCAGUAUCCGACAAACAGCCACAGCCCAAGAUCAAAAAACAACGAUCCAAGAAUAGAAAUAAGAUAGAUGUUCUGAAAAAAUCUUUGGAGGAUAAAAUUCACAUCUAUGACGAACCGAUUACAGAUGAAAAUUUGAGCAAGGUCCAUAAUGAGCUGCUGCUUGAAAAGGAGCAUCAGUUGCAUUCUCGGGAGAAUAAACUUGGAGAGUCCAUUGCUGCUGUACAAUUCCAAAAGACUGAUAAGAAGUCCACAACAUUGGAGAUUUACACUGCUAUCAUAAGUGUACAAGCUUUGCUUCUGGAAGAAUUGAGCACAUCAAAAAUACUGUCAGAGUCAAAAUGUACCCAGAUUUUAGAGGCACAUAGUCCUGAGAUUGAAGAACUUGACAGAAAGUUGGAAUAUGAAAUGUUACAUAAGGAGACGGCUCAGCAGCAGCAUCUAUUGAACAGGCAAAGAUGGACGUCAGACGGAUUGGGAUUUUCAGAUGAAGUUGUGGAAAUGAAUGCAGAGAGACAGGUGUCUGCUCUGCUGUAUCAGGCAUUGAAUAAGUGUAAGCAAUUAGUAAAUCUUCAUUGGCAAAGCUUACGAGAAGAGCAAUGGAAUGAUGUUGUGCUUGAAGAUCUUCUGGAGAAUAUAGAAAUGGAUACAUUUUUGGCACUUUACAGCCAGGAGCUCCAAUUGGCAGCUUAUUUAACCAAACUGACAAUGGUACCGGUGGGGAUGUUGCACAGACUGCUGAACUUACUGCUGCCUUCGAGUUCACAGACUGAGCUUCUUUCUGUUCUGGAUUCAAUCAGUGACAAAUAUUCAGACAGUGUUAUUGAAAGUGACAUCAACGGGGAGGAAGCUGACAGCUGUAGAAAGAGGAAGCACCAAGGGUCAUGGCAAGCAUUAGAGAGCAAAGUAAGGCAGGAUCUGAUAAGCAAAGGCUUGGAAAAGAUGCAUUCUGCAAACAGGAGAAAAGAAAGCCUGCUAAAGAAGAAGCAACUUGCACUCAUGGAAAGAGCAUCAUUCUCUCAUCUCGGAUGUUUGUCUAGACACCCUCCUGUGGAACCUUCUGGCCAGCCUGAUUCAUUGAACACUUCUGCUGCAGAAGCCAUUGAGCUAUUAGACACAGGGGAGAAGAUAUUUCUGUUCCGUGAUCAAAGGGAUCCCAUACUUGCUUUGCAUAGUUCUCCAAGAAAAAAGAAAAAGAACUUCCUAAAUUCCAAAAAGGCUGCAUGGGCAAACACAGGCUAAUGAGGUAGAUAGCCAUUUAGUGCAUCAAUUAGUGAGACGAAGGUUAUUUCCAAAUAAGGGUCAUGAAAAAGGAGCUGGUGUACGUUGAAAUCAUCUGAAUCAUUGUUAAAAAACAAUUUUUGUAUAAGUUGCAAUAGUUUGAUUUUUGCAUUGUAAAUAGUUUUUAUUCUUAGAACUGGAUUUUGUGCUCUUGUCAUCCAGCAGUGCACAAUCUGUAUCUAUUAACUAUUGUUUUAGUAUGCGCAGGAGCAGUAGGUGAAUUUUUGCCAUACUCUGUGAUGCACAUUACAUAACUGAGGGAAGGAUGUAGUGCUCAUAUAAUUCAAUGCACCAGUUUUGUACUCUCAGCGUAUGCGCAGUGUGCCUAGCCUUUUCAUAGCAUUGUCUUCAGCCAGGUGAAGAGCUGGUAGCUCGCAGUCAGCAGGCACUUGUCAUGGAUCUGCAACAUACUCUGAAGUUGACCGCAUCUACAUUGUGGGUCGUUAGAGAAACCCCAUUUGAAGAGAUUGGCCGCACAAUUGUCCUGUCCUGUUUGAAACCGGUUCAGGGAAGCCCACAUGAGCCUUGGCAGGUCAGAUGGUUGGGUCGGUGAUGAGAGAGUGAUUUACGACUAUCAUCGCUGACUCAUUAUGCCAAGCAGAUUCCACCGUCAUGUCUUGUGGUGGUAUAAGUGACCAUAAAGAGUAUCUAGAAGACAGGUGAACUUAGCAGGUGGUUGAAGAGGUCUGAGUACAGAGGCAAGUCACAUUUCUCACAGAUCUUGGCCGGGAGCAUAAUGGAGGCCCCCUUGUGGCGAAUAUGGGGCGGUGCUAUGUUACUAAGCAUUGGCAGCCAUGGCAACUGAGUUGCACAUAACAUCCCAGUAACACUGCGCAUAGCUUUGUUAAGCUGCAUGUCAACCAGCCUCAUGUGAGAUGAGCAACAGCAGACAGAAGCACAGUACUCUGCUGUUGAAUACUGAUUUGACUGUUUGCUAUAUUUUUAUUAUUGUUUAUAUGUUGUGGUAACUAAUGUGAUGUCAACCCUGCUUAAUUAUUGCAGGAUACAGUACUAAAUACAGAUAAGGAUAAGGAAAAACUGUAUACCAGAUAACUGUGGUAAUUAUUAAUAAAUAGUUUGUUAAUAACCACUAUAAA